AUGCUGCUACAACAGUUCCACCAGGGCUGACACAUGGCAGUUUUUUUUUUUUUUUUUUUUCCAAAGCAAAUGACUGAUGAGAAACUAGGCUGCUCUGUUCAUCCUUCCCUUCAAUCACUCACAGAAGGAGCUUGGUGACAAGAGGUCAUUUUUCACUUCAUCCUCAGUCACAGGACUAUUUGACUUUCACUUAAAAGAAGUGAAUCUAACUCUGUGGGGCUUUAUAUUCUGCUCAAAAACAAAAGCAGGUCACUAUGAAAUGGGAGAAGUUGAAGCCUCCAGAUCCAGAUGAUCCAAUGUGUUGCUGUGGAUGUGAUAUCUACCAGUACAGUUGUUGCUGUGACUGUGAAGACCUAGAUGAAGCUUUCAAUAGCUGGCUGAAAGAAAAAACACCUUAUUGUGGACUUCAGUCUCCUGUGUUGGGGACCAUGAUCAACAACCUGGAGAUCUCCAUGAUCCCGGCCCUGCUUCUGCUGCCUCUCCUGCUUAGAGCGGCAUCUCUGCACUACCUGCUGGGCAUCAUCAUCCUGACGGCUCUGCCAGGCCUGGUGCUGUCGUACUACUACGCCACGCACCGGAGGAAGAGGCGAACCCUCUUCUUCCUCGCCCUCGCACUGUACUCUCUGGCCUACAUGUAUUAUCUCUUCAUCACAGAGAUUUUGCCCCGUGGGGAUGUCAGCCCACUGCAGAUGUGUGUCGUGACCACUGGGAUGAUUCUCACUAUAGUUUCUCUUAUUCACACUAAGAGAGGUCCAGGGUUUGUCGCUGACUCUCUGCAUGAAGCAAGGAUGGAUGCAGAAGAUCACUCCAAUCACUGUGAUGUAUCUAUUCAACUUGCAGCCCCAGAAAAGACAAGAAAACAGGCCCCAACAACAAAAUGGACCUUGUGUCCAGUCUGCAAAAUAAUGCGACCCCCGCGUGCUGGACACUGCAGAACCUGCGGAUCGUGUGUUCAGCGUCUGGACCACCACUGUGUUUGGAUAAACAGCUGCGUGGGACAAGCAAAUCACCGCAGCUUCCUGCAGACCGUCUGUGUGUUUGUGCUGACCUCCGUGUACGGGAUCAGUUUGGUGCUCCGCAGCCUCUGUCCUUGUCAGUAUCUGGUGACGGCCCUCUUCUACUGCCCCGGCGUCUACAGCCAGCCCAGCACAGCCCUUUGCUUCAUCUGCUGUUGGUACAGCAGCAUUAUAACAGUUGGACUGGUCUACCUUCUGGUGGCACAAGUUCUGAACAUCAGCUUUAACGUGACGGGGCGGGAAGCUCAGCUGGCUCUGAGGAACAAGAAGGGCCAGAGCCGCCUGUGGGGACUCGUGGUCGACACUGGAGAGCAUUCACGUGGCUUUUAUCAGAACUGGGUUGAGUUCCUCACCAUGAAAGAUUCCUCUGUGUCUUUUCACUCCAGCCCCACAGACUUGGUCUAGUUUCUCUUUGUAUCUUACGAAAUCUGAUGACCACAUCAGUCUCAAUGCACAACUUUGAACCCACUGAUGUGGUAUUUGAACAUGACAAUAGUUUCAGCUUACAAAAGCUUGCAAGGGAGAAUAAAGGUUCUGGUGUUAGAAAAAGAGCACACGCUGAUUCAAAUUCAAUUCAAUUCAAAAAUACUUUAUUAAUCCCAAAGGGAAAUAAAUGUUGUUGUAGCUCAUGUUAUACAGGUUUCCUCAAAGAGCCAUUGUAGAUGCUGAUGGCUGUGUGCAGGAAGGAUCUCCUGUAGUGCUCCGUCAUACAGCAGAUCUGGAGAAGCCUCUGACUGAAGACACUCAUGAAGAUGCAUGGUUUGGAGUUUGAAUUUGCUGCACAAUUGCUCUGCUCGUGGUUGUGUUUUAGGAGAAAAAGGUGUCACCACUGUGCAGUUUAUUUAUAUAAGGCAAUUUAUUAUGUACAAAUCAACAGAAUUUUAAAGUGAAAUAAAUGCAUGCUUCAGAAGCAAAAAUAUGAAGAUUAAUUCAAAGAAAUUCUAGAAAAGAUUGAAAUCCUGUCUUCUAGAAUGGGUAACAACCAACUGUCCAUUUGAACUUAUAAAGAACAUAGUCAGUAAAUACGUCUCAGGUGCAUUUUCCUGCAGUAUUCAACAUCCUUUUCCCACGUCACGGUUUCAACUGUUAACCCUUAUGCUUUCUUGACAGAAAUGUUUCUAAUAACUCUUUAAAUCAAUAGAUGUGUCCCCUCGCUCACAAAACUCAGUUCAGAACUUAUUGUCUCCUCUAAUCACCUCAGCAGCUGGCAUUUAAGAGUAGUCUGUCCUCUGCUGCCCUCUUCAGGCCACUCCUUUACUCUCCAAAAAUCUCUAGAAAACUGCUCCCAUUUAUGCUAAUCAGAAAAUGUCCUAAGACAAGGCAUUACAGCUAUAAGUCAAUCGUCAAUUGAAACUGGAUAUUUACAUACACUGUAUAAACAGACACAUAAUCAAUGUAUUGUCACUGUCUGACAUUAAAUCAGACAUUAAAUUUCUUGUUUUUGCUCAUUUAAGAUUAACAAAUAGAAUUCUGUUUGCUAAAUGACAAAAUAAUGAGACAGAAUAUUUUUUAUUGCACAAGUUUACUCUUAAUAAGGUUACUAUUCCUUUAAACAUGUUGGGAAAGCCAAAUAUAACCACACAGUAAUAUAGCUUGUGAUUUCAUUUGUUAGGCUUUUUUCUAUCUGGCCUUCAUUGACUUGAGUAGUGUCCAUCCAUCCAUCCAUCCAUCCAUCCAUCCAUCCAUCCAUCCUUCCAUCCAUCCUUCCAUCCAUCCAUCCAGGGGGCAACAAGUCCAGCAGGACAACCUGGACACCCUAUCAUCAGUGACAUUCUCCAGUUCAUUCUUGGGGAUCCCAAUGUGUUCCCAGCCCAGAAAGGAUACACAAUAUAGUCCCUCAAGUGACUUCUGAAUGUACCCCGGGGCCUUCUCCCAGUGGACAUGCCCAAAAAACCAAACCUCAAAGGGAUGCACCUGGGAGGGAUCCUAAUCAGGAACCUGAAUGAUCUCAAUUGAUUUCUUCUGGUGUGGAGGAAGAGCAGCUCAGCUCUCAGCAACCUCCUCCUAAAUCUCGUUUCGACCAUUAGUCAGACCCUUCUGUCUUUUGUGGACUGCUCAAGAUCUUCUCAUUACUCUUCAUCUACAAGCUCUUUCAUGACCCACAACAGGAAUCUGAUCUAAAGCUUGAGAAAAACAGGUCUUCAAGAACAGAGCCUGUUGCCAUAAACUGAUUUUGAAAGCCAAGGGCAAUGGCAGGAUGAACAUUCCAACUUUCUGUGACAAAGGACAGUUAAAUCUCCUUUUUAUAAAACAGCAACCACCUCAGAUUAUGAAAAGAAAAACUGUUGUCACGCAGACUGCUGCAGCUGCAAGGUUUUGUAAGAGUUCACUUUCAUAACUGUGCGGUUAUGUAACAUUUUUUGGCACACUCCUAUAUUCAAUUUUGAUUUUCUUGGUGCAAAGACAACACCUGUUUAUACUGGUAAGGUAUGCAUGCCAGCUGCUCUGUUUUCAAAUCAUGGCCUUGCAUAUCCUUCUGAAACAUGCGAAAUCCUUAAAAAUCGUUCUAAUUUUUUGGUCACAGCAGCGACAUAAGAUGACGUUUCAUUGCAAAAACUUUAUUGGGUAAAGAUGUUGCAUUCAGUGGUACAAAUCUUGACAAAUGUGACACUGUGUCACAAGUGAAUUUGUAUGGAAAAAGAAACUUUUCCACCAUGUUUUUUUCUUCCUAAUGUUUUAUGACUAGAUAAUUGUCUCUUUGCUUUUUUUGAUUGUGACUAUGCCUAGACUUGAUAGUCCUGGAAAAAGGGACGCCUUGGUGUUUAACGCAGCCUUAUCUCUGUCUUCAAGCAGCUACUUGUUCUUACCUGCCUUCAAAAAAUCUGCAAUGCAGUGCAACUGCUAUAUAAUUAUCUUCUGGAUUUCUAUUGUUAUUUUUUUUUUAAAACAGCUAAAGUUAGUUUACUUCAGUAACUUGGUUCACUGAGUAGAACACAAUAUAUAGAUUAUUGAAACACAGACUGAUGUUCAGAUAUCUAUGAUUAAAUAUGUAUUUGAAUCUGAAUGUGACAUUUUUUUCACAAUUUGUCAUGUUACAAACUUCAUUUGUUUUUAUUUUUUGAAUGUAUCUUCUUGGGAUUUUGUGUGAUAGCACAACAUUAAGUUGUAUAUAAUUGUAAAGAGAAAGGAAAUUAAAACCUUAUCAAAAUACAUUUGUAUGCCACCCCCUGAACCAACCAACUGGAGAAUGACCUUUUGCUGCAGUUACAGCUGCAAAAUCUUAGGGGCAUGUUUCUCUCAGAUUGCAGAUAAAGAUAUUUACAUUUUUUGUAUUUUCUUUCUAAAAUAGCUAAAGUUCAGUCAGAUUGGAUUGAGUAUGUCUUUGAACAGGAAUUUUAAAAUAUUGCCUGAGAUUCUCAGUUGAAUUUAGGUCUAGACUUCAUAAAUAUACUUUGGUUGAAACCACUCUAUUGGGUCCCUGUCUGUAUAUUUAGGGUCAUGGUCCUCCUAGAAGGUGAACUUCAACCCCAAUCUCAACUAAUCUACAGCCUUUGACAGGUUUUCUUCCAGGGCUGCCCUUUAUUUAGCUUCAUCCAUCUUUAGUGAGCCUUCCUGUUCUGCUGAAGAAAAGCUUCCCCGCAGCAUAAUGCUGCCACCACUAUGUUUUCUGGUGGGUACAGUGUGUUCAUGGUGCAGAGCAGUAUUAGUCUUUUUUCCACACACAUAUCAAUUCACAUCAUUCAAGUGUCAGAGUAGCGGGGACUGAAUAAAAAUGCAUGCCAUACUUUUCAGAUUUUUAUUCAUGUAUCUUUUUCCAUCCACUUUGUGCGAAAAACUCAAGAAAAUACAUGGAAGUUUGUAGUUUUACAUGACAUAAUGUUGAAAACUGCAAGGAGUAUUGAUAUGUUAGCAAGGCAGCACAUCUGAGUGGAUAAUAUUAAAAUGAAUUUAAUUGAUUUUGCCGUUUUAUUGAUGCUGCAUGAAUAAACUGAAUAGAAUAGAAUUGAAUGUAUUGCUUUGUGCAAAGCCAAAAAUUAAAACAACUGAGAUUUCUUAUCCCUUGGAUAACUCGGUCUUUUUAAAUGCUCUUUAAUAAAAAAUGUUU